AUCCCUACUUAAGAGUGCCGUGCUGCUGAGGCAACGUUAAAACGCUGCGCUCACUGGUGCCCGGAUUGUGGCGUGAGCGCUGAAACAAUCCAGCAAGCACGGUGAUUCCGGGCCACCAAAAAUGAGUAAACGUCGUGUGUAACGGGAAAAUAUAGUGGACAAAAGGUCGACCCUGAUUAGAAAACGGAGAUAGGUCGAGUGCCAGCUCCCGAGACAAGUGCAGGAUGUUGCAAGUUCUGGCUUGCGGUGUCGUAGUUUUUCCCGGUCUCUUCUUCGCCUUUCGGAGAAUACUCCCGUCCAUUUUCAAACAGUGGACCGAUGCAGACGUGGUUCUUGUCAGUGAGAGGCUGGUGUCCUCUAUCCAUGCCGUCAUGGCCACCACGGUUGGGUGUAUCGUGGUGGCAUCGUGUCGGGGCAAUGUCGUUAGUGACAGACACUGGCUGGCCCCCUACUUUGUCAUCUGGUACGGUGUGCCCUACAUGGCGUACGACCUCUAUGCCAUGUAUCUCAGCCACUACUACCGCUUCCAGGUCAAAGGGCACGAGGACUACAAGAGGCAUUCGCUGAGCACAGUUAACUCGUUUGUGCGCAAGGAGUUUCUGCUGGUGCUCCACCAUAUCGCCCUGCUCACUGUUCUGCUACCUGUCACUCUGUUCUUCAGGAAGGACCAGGGUGACUUCUUUGUCGGCUGCUUGUUCCUCACAGAGCUCAGCACACCCUUCGUCUCUAUGGGAAAAAUACUCAUUCAGCUGAGUCUCCAGGACUGCCGGCUGCACAAGGCCAACGGCGGCAUGGUGCUGCUCACCUUCUUCGCGUGCCGCAUCGCCCUCUUCCCGUACAUGUACUGGAUGUACGGCCGCCACUACGGCAUCCCCCUCUACGGCGUGCCCUUCCACCUGUCGCUGGCCGCCAACCUGGGCAACUCCUGCAUCCUGGCGCCGCAGGUGUACUGGUUCGUGCUGCUCUGCCGCAAGGGCUUCCGCCUGUACCAGCGCAGCCGCUGCAGGGGCGACGCGCCCGCCCCCGCCCGGGCCGCCGCCACCGCCGCCGCCGUCACGGACAACACCAAAGGCGAGUGACGCGGGCGUGCGAUGGGGGGGGGGGAGGCGGCCUUCCGCUGAUGACGCCGCUGCCACCUCGAACCGCCCCGCCCACCCGACCCUUCCCCUCGAACCUUCCCCUCCCCCUACCGCCCCCUCCUCAACCACCACCACCACCACCACCGCCGCCACCCGCCCGCCACCGUCGCUGCUACUCCUACCGGGCGCACGUGUCAAGAAGCUAACGCUACCCCCCAGUCACCUCCUUCACCGGUCCACCUCCUUUCCCGCCGGCCAUCUGGUGUUGUCUUUCUCGCUGCCGACGGCCGUGGUUUGGUUCCAGGGACGUUAGGACGGCGCACUCGCAUCCGUAACCCUCCCCCCUCCCUCCCUCGGCCCCCCUCCUGAAAACACACAUUACCCCCCCCACCCCCCACAGCGCCUCACUCUGCCGCCUGCCGCCCGGGGCAGAGUGCUCCUCCAUCCAUCCCGACGCACGGGGUGAACUCAGCUUCGGCCUCUGGGGUUUGUUUCUUUACUUUGUUUUGGGGUUGGUUUUCUUCGUUUGUUCCCCCCCCCCCCCCCCCCCUCACUGGACGUAAUCUGGUUUCCAGUGCUCCCCGUCUCCCUCCACUGCGCUGGACUAUGGGUCAGAGGUCACCUCAACCCUAACCGCUUCCGGCAGGACUAAAACACUGGGCGAGUGAGGAUGACGAGGGCUUCGGCCUCUUCGUCGACGAUAUCUGUUCUGUACCUCGAAACUCAUCGAUUAUCAUCUCCUGUUGCCGGGAAGAAAGACUGUAUCUCUUUCUCCUCUCUCUCUCUACCUAUCUCUAUCUCUUUAUCUCUCCACCAUUCUGUGUGCGCAGACUCCGGUCCUUUACGAAGAUCCGCCGCGGUGCGGACGCCCCUCAAACCGGUUUAUUCACCUCCCUUAUGCUUGGGUUUAUCGGGACUUAUGAAGUGUAAAAUAUGCGACGAUUCCACAUUGACCGCCCCGCCCGCCUCCCCCCUCCCCUCUAACGCCUCUCCAAAGCAGCUCUGUUCCCCUGGUUUAUCAAGGAAAACACUGGUAGUGAAGACGACAGCCGUGUCGGUGCCAGCGUCGCAGCAGUCGGGUUUCAAGUUCCACACACAACAGAAAACCUGACCACCUCCAGAGGAGUGGAGUGGUCACCUGAGCCACCUGUGAGAGAGAUGACGCCCGGCCGCGUGUGGUUAAUCCCGUUAUUUAUCCGUUUGAUUGUCUUUUAGCCUUUUCCACCUCCUCCUCGCUCCCCAACGCGCUCCCCUUAUCAGAUAUCGUCAUAGCAACAACGAGCUAACACCCGUUUGGUCUUUGUUUUUCCGUUUUAUCUGUAACAUUGAUCCAACGCAAAGGCCACUACAGACCACAUGCGCUGCAGUAACCCCAGAGAAGCAGUCUAGCCCCCCCGCCGUAGGGGAACCCAGGCGGGGUUUGGGGGGGGAGUCAGCUUGACCGGGUCAGACCUCCCUGUCGGACCACCCCACCCGGUGGGAUGGGCUUACGGGGGGGUUGCGCAGCGUGGGCGACCGGGAGGGGGUCGGAGGGAGGACUGCGUACAUGUCCUGCUGUGGGUGUCCCUUUAAGGUCACAUAGUAAAGUGCCUGGUCUUACUCAGGGCAACAGACAAGAGCAAUAAUGCUGAUCACCAGUGGCAAUCACACUCAUUACUAACGCACACGGAGAGGACUAGCCCGGGGAGAGCGUUACGACGCAGCGGCACACAAAGGCAGGGUUGACGUGAAGCGAUUUUAUCUAUUUUUGGUUUGAUUUUGGUUUUUAUUUGAACCCACAGAUGUCCCAUGGCUUUUUUUUUUUAUUUCAUUACGCGGACUGAGUGGCGAGUUGAUCUGGUUGAUGUGGAUUAGCUUAAGUGGUCGCGGGGUCCCGGCAUAUCGCACUGUACAUACCUGAUCACGACAAUUUUUUAGAAACACUACGGAUCUAUAUAUACAUGUUCUAAAUCUUUAUAUGUAUUAUUCUUAUUAUUAUUAUUAAAGAUGGCAAAAAAAAAAGCUCAAUUCCAUGAGCUCUCAACACAAGACCGCUUAAGUAACAUAGCUGCAACACAUCUUAAUCCCGUAUGACUACUAGGAGAGCAGCUUUUGGGGACAAUGUCUUUUUAUCACACACUGAACAUUUUAUUAACCAUGAAUUCAUGUUGUUUUAGGAUCCAUGUGAAUUAAUCUGUUACGUUAACUUUUGUUUUAAUUUAGUUGAAUGGAUGGAACACUGGAACCGUAGGGCGGCUCUCUGAAACCCUCAGAGUCGGUACGCGGACUCUCGAGGAGUCUUUGCUCCCUUCUCGUCCAGGCCCAGCACACGUUAUCUAUGCAAGGAGGUCCUAGCCAUGCCUUUUUACACUGCUUCAAUGUCCGAUGACAUAAAGAAAGGUUAGGGUUAUGGGUUAUUUAUGUCUUUCAUGUAGGGGCUACUUUGUCUGGACAUUUUUAUUAUUUGUUACAUUACCCGGGUAUUCUUUCGCACUUUUGCUGGUAGAUUGUGGAGUAUCUGCGUGGACUCUCCACUCCCUGUUGCGUGAGGCAGAGCGGUUGCUUUCCGUCUACUUAUCCGUACACAUGAAUAUCGAUCAUGUGACUAGAAUAUAUUAUUAUUUAGCAUUAAGUGCUCUCUGUGCGUGGAAAGUCGGCAGUACUUGGCAACGGGGGGUCAGAUGAGCAGACAGUCCGCUGGGCCAGGGAGGGCUGGUGCACCCCGUAACAUGAAUCUAUCCACUGUUAUGGCGCCUUUUAGGACGAGGGCGGGAGGAGGGGGGGGGGCAUGACAUUAACGUGUCAAAGCUAUACAUCGAUAUUGGUAAGCAGCCGAUAUCCAGCAUUCAUAUCACCUCGUCUGUAUUAUUAUUAUGAUUUUUAUUAUGAUCAUUAAUCUUAUUAUUAUAUUCUCCACAUAUCAGUCCACACUGCUUUAGUGUUUCUUUGGCUGGAUGUGAUUCUCUGCAGAUUUUCUUUCUCAAGCUAACGAGGACCCGUGUGGGCAAAGUGCACGUGGCGAAGGCAGCCAGUGGCCCGCCGCGCUCGUCUCUUGAGACCAAGCGAGACGGCUGGCUGCUAACACACCGGCCGCGGCAGGGUGGUCAGAGAAGUGGGCAGGAAGCAGCAGGUGGAUGUGACAGGGGUCUUUGUUGUUUUGUGUGGGGGGAGGGGGGGGGGGUGAUGGUGGUGGUGGUGGUGGUGGUCGGCUCCGUGUCCGAACAUGUGUCAGCCAGUGUUUGGCCCCGUAAAGCUCCCAUUCACGGCGUCCCUCCCUCCCGUCUUACCUCGCUGUCGCUCCACGUCUCUAUCUCAUCAGGCCACUCCUAUGCACUUCCCAUGACCCACCACCCCCCUCUGGCCAUCGUCAUGUCUGUGCAUUGUUGAGUCUUAUCGCACAACCUCAACACACACGCACAAACCACAAUGUGCACAUCAAUCACCUCACCAUGAAGGACAGCUCGCUUUUACUUUCUGCUUCCUUUAUUGGGGAGGGGGGGGGGGGGGGGGGGGUUGACUGCAGGGUCGGGAUACGGCCCGCAGUAUCCUGGCCUGCCGACGAUCGGAGCAGUCUGAUAGGUUCCCUCGUCUCUAGGAGCAGAGGUUUGAGUUUCUCUCACCUUCCAUGCAAGACCCACACACACACACACACACACACACACAAGCAUACAUACGCUGAUACACAUGCACAUAUGUGAACACACACACUUGUAUACUAACACGUGUGUACCCACACACACAUAUACAUACGUGCACAGCACACACAUAAACGUGCGCUGAUAGACAUGCACAUAUGUGAACACAGACACACACAUACAUACAUACAUACAUACAUACAUACAUACAUACAUACAUACAUACAUACAUACAUACAUACACACAUACAUACAUACAUACAUACAUACAUGUACCUUCACACACACACAAACACAUACAGGCAAGUAGUUCUCCACUCAUUUGACCAAUAGACGGCUAUUGAGCUUUUCAUUCUAUGAGUUGGUUUGUGAUUUAUUUCAGUUUUUGUUUUUUAGCGAAGAUGUAGCUAUUUUUGACUUUGGUAUGACAGCAGCUAUGACAGUGGUCCUAUUAUGCUCUCCACUGCGGUUGCUGCUUUCAUCCAGGGUUUAACUGUCAGCCCAUCUUUGUUCCUGUGAGGCACAGGUCCUCGGAGUGGAACAUCCCAGUGAGUUGUUUUUAAUCGCUUUUAAUGUGAAAAUCGCCACCAUACCUAACAUAAAACCAUGAGCCUCAGAAUCUCACUAAGCUUAGCAAAGGUCAAAAAACUAAAAAAUACGCACAUAGUAGCUGCACGUAUACUAAUAACAUGAUUUUUAUUUAUUUACUUCUGCUCUGAGUUCAGAAUGAUGAUCAAUAUGAGAUAUAGUACAAGUCUUGCCCUCAGCCUCACAGGAGGUGAGCCUGUUCUGCUCAGGGUCUGCUGAAGAUGCUAACAUAUGUCGUUACUACUUAGAGGUUAAUUCUAAGACUAAAACUGUGACAUUUUAGGAAACUUGAUGAUUCUGAAUUUGAUAUCUGGAAUGUGUACUUCCCUGUCUAUACUGUUGAAUUAAUUAUCUCUUUCCUGUCACUUAGCUUGUUGAUACAGCUCAUAUUGAAGUUUAACCAAAGAUCAGAAUCAAACUGCAGAGAUGAUGGAGAUGAGGUCUUCCUGGGGUCGCUGCACUUUGAUGUUUCGUUUUUGGUCAAUCUUUUGUGUAACUUCUAUAGCUUGGUUGUUAGACCAAAGAAUAUCAGGCACCUUAGUGGACUAAAGCCGUAAUAAUUGUAGCAACGUGAGCAGAACUUUUUGAGUGGGUUUUACCUUGAAAGUGACAGACUCUCACGAGUAAGACCAUCCCAGAGACACACAGAGAUUCUCUCCAUCUGGUCGUAUUGCUCCCCCUCCCCUCCCCCCCAGAAUCCUAGUCAUAGAUUUUUUUUCUGCCCAGGGUUUUCUCUCGUGGAUGCAUUCUCCUCCUCACUGACUGCAGAGGAGAUGACUCAUGCCUUUACCCAUCAGCCACCUUGGUAUACUACCCCCACAACCCCUCCCUCCACCUGCUAUACAUCGCCUAUACAUGCAAACCUGGUGACGAGGAGACACGUGUCCCGUGGUGCUCUGACCCCCCCCCCCCCCCCUCCCCAAACACAACCAUCCCAAUGCGAGAGGUGCCAUCUUCCACCACAUCUCAUUUGAACCACAUGAGCAGUGCAUAGUUCAUACAUAGAUGAACCCCCCACCUCAAGUCUCUUCGCCAUACUUCCUCCUCAAGUGUCCAAUCAGGAUGCAACUCUGUGGGCGGCGUGUGUGAUCUAGAGACUGUCCGAUCUAGGGUGAAGUAACCAGGAUGUGUCUGUCGAUUCGGUUGAAUGUUUUUUUUCUUUGGUUUGUUUCUGUUGGGUUUUUUGUUUGUUUUGUUUUGUUUUUCCGACAUUCCUUCAACCACAAGUGUUUUAAUACGCUGAGAUAAAAUGCUAAAUAAACAUAAUAACGAUAAAAUAAUGAUAACUGAAUGCAUGUCCCCCCCCUCCUGUGUAUCCAUGACCCCGUCGCCUCUACCCGAAGAAACGUGGUGACUUAUCUAUUUUUCCCCCUAAAGACGUUAUCCAACCUAAUAGACGCUUGCAUGGAAAGUACAUUUUAAGAAACGCAUUAACAACCCAAGCCGAGGGAACACUAAAGAUAAUCUCACAGUGAGUGUCAGAGGGCUCGACUCUGGUCUCCAACGACAACGGGUCUGGAACCAGAAUAAGCCGGAGUGUACAGCGCUCGCCACGACGACUCCAGGCGUGCACAGAGCUAGACGACUAGAAGAUGUACCCCCUGACUACCCCCCCCCCCCCCCCCCCCCCCCCACCCGACCCCCGGACUAUAGUUGAGCCUACAUAUUUGGUGCAGAUGACAAGAGUUUGAGAAUAGAUAUAGAUGCUACUGCAAUACAUGAGAAAGAAAAAAAAAAAGGCUGUUGUGAAGACACUAUUUUUGUCUACAUAUCAUUUUUCAUUUUGAAGUGAUUGUCCUAUCUGUAAAAAUGCAGGUUGAUUGCAAAGAUUGAUUUUAAACUCGGGACAGAGAACCUAUAACAUGGUAUCCAGUGCCUUGUGAAAAAUCUCUUUGUGGUGACCCUAUCAUGUUUAAAAAAGGAAAAGAAUAAAAAUGAUAGAAAAACCGGUUAAAACAGGUCAAAGUGUUUACAGGUUGCUGUUGUUUUUAUUUUCGAUUUUAAAUCCUAAGGCAUAUCAUAUCCUGUAUCAUUCACCAUGUUUUAGCUAUGCAUGGCAAAUGCCACUGUAAGGUCAACAGUGGUGAACAGCUCACACCAGUUCUUCAAGAAAACCCUGCUAGCAUUUUACAUUUUUGGCAGAAAAUCAUUAGCUUUUAAUCUUCUUAGUUUGAUUCAUUAAGAGAAAGUCCACCUGAGAAUAUAACUUUAAACUUGUCAGCAGAGAUGAUUAAAUAUUGUACUAUUACUGAUAAAAAGAUACAGAUCCUUUUUAUAUUAUAUUAAGGUGUAAUUUUAGCAUGUUAAAGCUGCACUAGGAAAGGAGAGGAAAACUAACGCCUCGCUCAACUCUGCUGUCAGACCUUAGUGGCUGGCCACUGACAUGCACAAUUUGGUUUGAUUGGUUUACUGCUUGAAUGGACAACAUGUCCUCAAGAGCCUUGAUUUGUCAAUUCUUCAGGGGGAGGCGGGAAUUCUUCUAAAAAGCAAACGUCUGGUGACAUGAUAACAAGUUUUUCCUGUUUUAUUUUCACAAAUAAAAAAGAACCCAUGUAAAGGGGUCCAAACUACCUGGUGUAGCUUUAAGUAUGUUAUCGUCCCCUUGGUUUUUCAAAAAUAAUGAGCGUAAUAUGAUGGAUCUUACCCCCUGAAUGCACAUCUGAACAUUUGGUGGUGAACCCCUUGACUGCGUUACUGUUUAUUUGUUUAGUUUGCAGUGCUACCAUUAUUGAGACGAGGUUUGGCUCGACGGUUUGCUGUACGUUUCCUCCCCUUGACAUGUCCCAACACCAUGGGAGUCAACGACAUAACUGCAGCCUAUACUCACAACCGCCAAUGCUACCUGCACCCCCUCCCUCCCCCCUCCUUUCCCCUCCAACCUUAUUUUUGAUAACCUUCUGAUUUUUCAUAGGUAUAUUUAUAUAUCAGAUUUGGUAUAUACGUAUAUACGUUUAUCUAUUUUCUUUCUCUCUUUUUUUUUUUAGCAUGACCCUUUUUUGAGGAAAUUUCCUAUCUGAAAAAGACUGGGCUCUUAUUUUUACAAAAGAGGCAUUCAUUGAGAGGUAAUGAUUAAUUUAGUCAUUGCAAGAAAAAAAAAAAGUGAAUUCUGAGCACCCCUUCAAGAUAAAUAAAUUGAUUUAAUAGUC